AAAAGAAUAAAAAUAGAAAAAAGAAAGAAAAGAAACACAAGAAGCAGACUCGGUCUCUUUCUGCCUCGAACGCCGAAAAGAAAUUCUGAGCCUCUUGCCCUCAUCACCACCACAAGCCAUCCCUUUUGUCAUUGAAAUUUGGAGAGGGAGACAUACGGACUCACCAAGCCUACCAGAGAAGAAGGAAUGAGAUCUCUUUCAGCCCAGACGGUGUAUGGUGUGCAGGUUUUGUGAACUCUGCAACUUUCUGGAUAACAAGACUUGGUUCUAUAUAUACAGAACAUAGAAAGAGGAAUGGCUGAUACCGGAUCAAGCUUCUGGGGUCCUGUCACAUCCACGAUUGAAUGUUGCGAGAAGAAUUAUGCCUACUCUUCUUAUAUUGCGGAAUUUUUCAACACUUUAUCAAACAUCCCAAGCAUUCUUUUGGCACUCAUUGGGCUUAUAAAUGUCUUAAGGCAGCGGUUUGAGAAGAGAUUCAGCAUUCUUCACAUAUCUAAUAUGAUUCUUGCCAUUGGAAGCAUGUUAUACCAUGCCACGUUGCAGCAUGUGCAACAGCAGAGCGAUGAGACUCCUAUGGUUUGGGAGAUGCUCCUUUACAUGUAUAUCCUCUACUCCCCAGAUUGGCACUAUCGCAGUACAAUGCCCAUCUUCCUCUUCCUCUAUGGUGCCGUUUUUGCUGCUGUUCAUUCUGUGGCUCGUUUUGAAAUUGGCUUUAAGGUACACUAUGUGAUCUUGUGCCUCCUCUGCAUUCCUCGAAUGUACAAGUAUUAUAUAUACACCCAAGACUUGUCUGCUAAGAGGAUUGCAAAGCUGUAUGUUGCCACCCUUCUUAUAGGGAGUUUGUGUUGGCUCUGUGAUAAUGUUUACUGUGAAGAGAUAUCCAGUUGGACCAUUAACCCGCAAGGUCAUGCCUUGUGGCAUUUGUUCAUGGGUUUUAAUUCCUACUUUGCAAACACUUUCUUGAUGUUUUGCCGGGCUCAGCAACGAGGGUGGGGCCCCCAAGUAGUUCAUUUUAUGGGGGUUUUGCCCUAUGUGAAGAUUGAAAAACCGAAAACCCAAUGAGAUGUUUGAAGCAAUUGGCAGGCAUAUUGCUUUGGUUGAGACAUCUUCACAGUUUCAGAAUGUAAGCAAACAACAGGGACAAUCUAUUUGUUUCACUUUCUAGAUGGGCCAAGAAGAAGUUUUGUUUCUAUUAUUUUAGAUGGGAUAUUGUCUUAAUUUUCGUUGUAAAAGUAGGACAUGUAACAUAUCUAUAAGCUCUUUAUUGUCGUAUCAGACAAGAUGGCUUAAUAUUUUUUGUUUUUCAAUUUGAAAGCCAAACUAUGAUUCUGUCAGGUGUUUGUUACAGAAAUUGAAUCAUGAUUUUGGAUUGUAGUGGAUUGGACAUCGCAAGCAUCCAACUAUUCUUUUGCCGCUCAUUGCUUUAA